AUGUCUCUGAUGCGAAAACUGACGUUGCACUACAGCGUGCCGCCAAAUGUGCAGUUCCAGGUCGAAGAUAUCGAAGAGGACUGGCACUUCUCGCUGCCCUUUGACUACAUCCACAGCCGAAUGAUGACGGGUAGCAUAGUAGACUGGAAGAUCUAUCUCCGCCGUUGCUUCGACAACCUCAACUCAGGAGGUUACCUCGAACUCAACGACAUUGAUGCAAUCCCCCUCUCCGAUGACGGCACCCUCACCGAGGAAUGCACCCUUAAGAAGAGCUUCAGCCUCUGGUCCGAAGCUAUCGCGAUCCUCGGGUCCCCGUUCGAGAAGUUUAACCGCCUAGAAGGCGUCCUGGCCGAGGUCGGGUUCGAGGACGUUCGCGUUGAGCGGUUCAAGUGGCCGACGAAUAGCUGGCCAAAAGACCCCAAGUUCAGGGAGCUGGGGAUCUGGAAUCAUGAAAAUAUUGCGCCGCACUUGGAGGGCAUGUUCAUGGCUGGGAUUACCCGCGGAUUGAAAUGGACCGAGCAGGAAGUUCACGAACUUGCUGUCAAGGCGCGAAAGGACUUUGAUGAUACGAGCAUACAUGCUUACUUCCAGAUCUGGUCUAUCUAUGGGAAGAAGCCCGUGAAGGCUUGA